UCGUCGCGUUGCGUGCUAGACAAGUAGUCACAUUUCUAAAUCGACUUAAAUUAUGCAACGAUUUUCAUAUAUGUUUUUAUAGAAUAAGAAGUAAUAAUUAUGUGUUAAGUGCAACUAAUUAAAACUCGCAUACAGUCUAGUUAUUUUAAUAGGAACAAAUAUGAAGUGACAUUGUUUUCUGAAUGUAGUCGGUGUUUUAGAUAAACAUUAUUAGCAAACAUGAGUUUCCUUUCUAUAUUCGGUGUAAUUAAAAGAAUAAACUUCAAGUUAUCUCACACUGUCCCAAAGAAUGGUGACGUUAGAUGUACUCGACAGUUUUCAACGCGCGAAUUACUGAAGGAAGCAUAUUGUCGCACGAAAUUGAAAUGCCGAUCCAAGAAGCUCCCUCAAGAUGUUAAUCCGCGAGGUGUGUUCGCCUGCAAUGAGCUGGAUCUCUCCGAAGUGCAGGUGUAUGGAUUUGACUAUGACUACACACUGGCACAUUACAAACCUACCCUGGAGCAUUUACUCUACAACCUCGGCAGAGAUUUAUUGCUGGAAAAAUAUAAGUAUCCAGCAGAAAUAUUAACACUAGAGUAUAAACCAAAUUUUGCCGUAAGAGGUCUCCAUUAUGAUAUUGAAAAAGGCCUGCUACUGAAGUUGGAUUCAUUCCUCCAAAUACAAUUUGGAGCGGUUUACCGAGGGCUGACACCUGUGUCUACAGAAGAGGUUCUCAAGAUAUACAAGAAUAGGAUCAUUCCUAUAGCUUAUGUGGAAGGUGACAUGAGAGCUCACAAAGCCAACAGAGCGAAGAUGGUGCAUCUAGCAGACUUGUUUUCCGUGCCAGAAAUGGGACUGCUAUGCAACGUGGCAGAAUAUUUCAUUAGAAACCAUAUUGAUUACCAUCCCGAGAUCCUCUUCUUAGAUGUUAAGAACUCUGUACAAAGCUGUCACCCCAUAAUGCAUAAGAUCGUGGCACAGAACGUGGAAGAGUAUAUCAGGCCUAACCCGGACCUCAGAAAGUACUUCCAGAUGUUGCAGCAAUCGGAUAAGAAGUUGUUCCUGGUUACAAACAGUCCGUACCACUUUGUUAACGCGGGCAUGGAAAUGCUGGUGGGCCUGGACUGGCGAGAUUUCUUCGACGUGGUGAUCGUGAACGCGAACAAGCCCAAGUUCUUCACCGAGGUGUCGCGCCCCAUCAGAGUGUUCGACAAGAACGCCAACACGCACAUCUGGGAGAAGGUCACUUCAUUAGAGAAAGGCAUCAUUUAUUAUGAGGGCACAGUGAAGCAGCUACAAGACCUAACGGGCUGGAGCGGGCACCAGGUGCUGUACUUCGGCGACCACCCGUACAGCGACCUCGCCGACGUCACCCUCGAGCACGGCUGGCGGACCGGCGCCAUCAUCAACGAGCUCACGCACGAGAUAAACACGCUGAACACGCAGCAGUUCAAGGAGAACGCGAACUGGCUGCAGAUGCUCACGCAGCUCAUCGAGGACCACCAGGACUACAAGGAGCCCGAGGCUGUGGAGGUCCUUGCGCAGUGGAUGGCAGAGAGGGACUUCCUGAGGAAUGAGAUCAAAGCAGUGUUCAACGCCCAGUUCGGCAGUGUGUUUCGGACUUACCACAACCCCACGUACUUCUCGAGGAGGUUGUUCCGUUUCGCGGACAUCUACACGUCUAAUAUAAGGAAUCUGCUCAACUACUCGUUAACGCAUACGUUUUAUCCACGCCGCGGUGUUAUGCCACACGAAUAUGGAUCCUAUUUCGUUUAGAUUAAGAAGAAUAAUUUAUGGUGUAGUCGGGCUUAAAAUUAGCUGGACCUUAGUUCUAUUUGUAGUGUACCUCGCUACUUCUGGGCUCGACUAUUAUGACGUACUCAGGCAAAAGGUACAACUUUGUCGUCAGUCAAUAAUUGGUGAAUUGACUUAUAUUUAUAUUUUUAUCCAUACUUUUUGUCAACAUCAAAGUUAACCUUUUACCUGAAUACGUUAAAUUAUAUACUUAAUUUAAGAAAAAUUAGCUUACUAUCAGUGCAAAUAUGAUGAAUCUGUAAAUAUUUAUAGUUAUUCUAAUUUGUAAAUACACCGAGUCGAUUCGUUUUAAAUAUUUUUGAAUAUAAUUGUUUAAACUUGAUACUUUGUAUAUUUGUUAAUGCUAGUUAAAAGUUUUGAAUUAUUUGUCUUGUAGUUUGUACGAGAUGAAAUAUUGCAUUUUAGAAGAACUAAAUUUAAUGUUAACAGCAUUUUUGCUUAGCUUUUUAGAAUAAAAUACACCAAAAGCAAAUCGAGUCAAAUGUGUAUUUGUCAAUAUUGUUACAUAUCAACAUUUUUUCCGGUCUAGUCUAGUUUAUUUCGCAUACAUUAGCUUUCGUAGGUGGAUGUUGUCGUUAUCAUUAACUCUUUAAAUGCCUAUGACACUAUUUUAUUUUUACUCCUGUUGUUCCAUAUUGAAAAUGUUGUUAAAUAAAUUAACAUAAUUAUAGUGUACACGUUAACUUAGUUAUUUUGUAGAACGCACUGUAACGUGGAGAAUAGAAGGCAUUUAAAAAGUUAAUUAUAACCUUUAGAUUGUUGAAGCUACGAUAAUCGUGUAAUACAUUGUAGUUACCCGCAAGUAUGUAACUAAUGUUUUCUAGUCAGAAGUAUUUACUAGUGACUAGUAUUAAGUUCAUGUUGUUUAUAUUUAUUUCCUUUCGUUCCUUCAGUUUAACUAUAAGGAUGAAAUGGAAUUGAAGUAUUUUUAAUACAAUAUAAUCGUUGUUCACACUUUGAGGUUGACUAUAGUUCCUUGUUGUAGUUGUAGUUGUACAGUCGAGGUCAAAGAUAUGUUUACUCUUUUGCACCUUAGGGGUCAUCCAUUAAUUACAUCACACGUUUACGGGGAGGGAGGGGGUCAAGAAAAUGUGACAUAUUGUGACAUGUGGGAGGGGGGAGACACAAACUUUGUGACGUCACUUUAACUUCAUCAGUAACCGAAAAUUUAUUUAAAUUAUUUUAUUCGCUGUACAUUUAAAUAACAAGUUUUUAAAACGAUAAUCGUUUUGAUUCGUUUAAUUUUCUUUCCUAAACUGUUUUGGGUUAUAAAAUUACUAAUAUUUAUAUCGUCAAAAAUAUUUUGAUAAAAUAUUAAUAAUACUUAGGUACUUAUUUCAUUCGAUUUGGCGAUUUCGUAGAAAAAAUGUGACGUCACACUAGGGGGGAGGGGUUUGCCAAAUGUGACCAAGUGUGACAAGGAGGGGGGGAGGGGUCAAAAAACCUAGAAAUUUUUGUGACGUAAUUAAUGGAUGACCCCUUACUCCUUUGUAAUGAGGCGAAAAAUGUAAACAUGUUUGACGUAGACUGUACCUAGAACGUCACUUUCCAACACUUUCGACAUUUGCAUAGAAAAGUACUUUUAUUGUGAUGAGAGAACAUCAGUGUGCGUAGACAAGAUGCCAAUCGUUCACGCUCCGUAGCUUAGCGUAGUUAUCUCUCUAUCACUCUUCCAUAUUAGUGCGACAGAGACAGUUGCGUUUCGUUCGCUACGAAGCGUUAACGAUUGGCAUCUUACCUUAAAAGGGAUGUUAAAUUCUCUGUUUUCCUUGAAGCAAACUCAGCUAGGACGAUAUCCCGUUUUCGUAAACUGCAACUGUUGAAGCCGUUUUCAAGAGGUCUACCUUAUUAAUCUUGUUAUAUUUAUUUAAAUAAUGCUCGUUAAAUAGAAAUAUCAUCAAAUCAAAUCAAUUACCCUUUGUAAAAUCGAAUGAAACAACUAAUUUACUUUUUAUCUAGUUUACUAAGAUUCCCUACUUUUCCAUGAGAGAGGAUGUCUUGCCCAGCUGUGGGAUGUAUUGUAUAAGUUGAAAAUCACUAAUGAUGUAGGUAUCUGCAAUCUUGCAUUAUUGAAUGCAUUUCAAGUGCAAUAUUUAUAGUUGUUAUGAGAAAACCCUAAAGGGCCUAGAACAUCACUGUUAAGUAUUUUUGACUAUUGUUUUUUAGAUUAUUAUACUCGUCUUGAUAAUUAUAGUUCGUACGAAUAUUGUUGAUGCAUUUUGUAUGAGAUUUUGUUUUUGUAAAGGUAUUUGUAAAAUUAUCAGGCGAAAGGUAGGUACGAUACUGUCAGUUUUAUAUAAAUUGAUACAUAAUAUGUUUUAUAGAUACCGACAGCCAGUUCACCUUUUUCUUGAAUUAUAAUAAUUACAUUUAAUAAUAUAAUUUUGGAAGAUUUCUUCACGCAUACAUGACCUUAAUGAUUGUUAUAUUCAAUACAUACAAGCACAUUUUGUCAGCGCCUAAUGACUCCUUAGAAUAUAAUUCUAAUGAUAUGGAAUAAACUUUUAAAAUGUGUUUAAACAGUAUGUAGCUACGCGGCAAACAUAAUGUCAGUUUUUGUUAAUUAACUUCUUCUAACUAAUAUAGGUAAUUGCACCUUUUAUUGUCAAGUCCUCCUUACAUAAGAUACUCGUAAGUUACUAGCCAAACUUCCAGUAGCAAUAUCAAGUCUGUGAUAAGUACGCCCGCUGACGCCCCUACUUUUAUAUCUAAAUUAAUAAAAUAAAGAAAUAAGCUAUUUUCUACUUGAGUCUUGCAUGCGAUAUGCGUGAAGUUAUCUGUUCAGGGGGCCAAGCUGACAAUCGUGUGCUGACAACGAAACGCCUCUCUCUGUCUAUCGCACUAAUAUGCUAGAGUGAUGCUGAUAGACAUUAAGCGUUUCGUUCGCUACGGCGUAAAUUAUUGUCAUCUUGGCUAGUCCCCAGUACUUUUGUUAGGUACACAGCGUUGUAGAUGUAAUAGUGCAUAAUUGUUUUCCAUCGUAUUUUCUCGGAAAAGUUCGUAUUUGUCAUGCUACUUCAGUCAACCUCAGUACUUUUUGUACCGAGACUGAUUGAAAUAACAAGACACAACGUACGUUUCCGUGAAAAUACUAUAGAAAAUAAUUAUGCACUACAACUCUAAGUACAUCGUAGGGUUGACCAGAGUUAAACCAUAGAUUCCGAUAUUUAAUGCGUAUAACGGCUACUUUUGGGCAUAAAUCCUAUUUUCCAAAAUGUCGUUUUCAAAUAUUUAUCUUUAGAAAAUCCCGUCCUAAACAAAAUAGGACCUCAUACGACUACUUAAUUACAAACUAGACCUGAACGAUAUUCAUUUAUUUUAUUCCGAGUAACUAAAUAAGGAUGGUACAAUUAAAGAUUUAUUUACUUCUAAUUCCCAAUAUUGUCAGGAAUUCAUGGUUAAAAUUGGUCGGGUUGUUUGCGCCCACGCUGUAUAAAACAAUAUUCUCAAUUUUUUUAUGGCUGUCAUCAUAAAAUCAUCCUAGAGACCUAGACCAUACAUGUAUACGACAUUUGUAAAUGCGACUCUUAGUUUCUUUAAAUUGUGCCAUAGGUAUAGACAAUAAUGCAUAAUCGAGUCUCUGUCGUAAAGUUGCAUUGAUUAUGAAAUCAUCACCUUGUUUGUCAUUAAAAGCAUAUUGAUAUGAGA